UCAGAAUCUCCUCUCCCUCCAAAAUCGCUCCGAUCCAGAACCAAAACCCUAGAUUUCUCCACACUUACGUCCCCCUCGAUUCCCCCUCCUCCGCCCCUUCCCCCUUGUAGAUCUCGGCGCUUGUAGCGGAGGGCUCGCGCGCCGCAGAUCGAGAUGGCGGUGGCUUCGAAUCUCGCGGCGCCGUGCCGAUGCGAGCCGGGAUGGGCUUCGAUUCGCUCCUCGGAUUCGACGACGGGGAUUAGGGUUUUGAGGCUUCGCGAGGAAAAUGUAUGCUGGAAUGGCCGAUUAAUUUUAAGUAAUCAAAACAUGAAGCUUGCUCUGAGGCGUCCUGGUUUACAUACUCGAAUGGCUUUGGUCGAUGAAAGAAUUGUUCGGCAACCAAAUGUCUCCAAGCCUGGGGGAGUGCUGGCUUAUGAGUUGGUUCAGGGAAACCUUGUCCAAUGGAACUGUUUCAGGGACAAGUCAGUACCUGAUCCGCCAACUGCCGUUCUCCUGCAUGGGAUUCUAGGCUGCAGGAAGAAUUGGGGGUCUUUUGCAAGGAGACUGGCUCAGGAAUUUCCAAUGUGGCAGUUCCUUUUAGUUGAUCUGCGUUGCCAUGGAGAUUCAGCAUCAAUUAAAAAGAAUGGACCGAAUACUGUUGCUUCAGCUGCUCUUGAUGUUCUAAAGCUUGUGGCACAACUUAGAGUUACUCCUCGAGUCUUAGUUGGUCAUAGUUUUGGCGGAAAAGUGGCCUUAAGUAUGGUAGAACAAGCUGCGAAGCCUCUUGCUCGACCUGUUAGGGUAUGGGUUCUUGAUGCAACUCCUGGGAAAGUUCGUGCUGGUGGAGAUGGUGAAGAUCACCCUGGUGAACUAAUUGCUUUUCUAAGUAGGCUACCAAACCAGGUGUCUUCAAAGCAGGAAAUAGUUGAUGCUCUUGUUCGAGAAGGAUUUUCUCUAGAUGUUGCUAGGUGGGUGGUCACAAAUCUCCGGCAGACAAGUCAGCCCAGCCCAUCGUCCUCUUCAAGCUUCUCAUGGGUUUUUGACCUAAACGGCAUUGCCGAGAUGUACAAGUCCUAUGAGGAAACUAACUUAUGGAAAAUUGUGGAGAAUGUGCCACGAGGGGUCCAUGUAAAUUUUUUGAAAGCUGAGAGAAGUUUACAUAGAUGGGCGCUUGAAGAUCUUCAGAGAAUUCAUGCAGCAGAGGAGUUGGCUGCGGAUGAGGGGGCAGGAGUUCAGAUGCAUGUCCUCGAAGAUGCUGGGCACUGGGUUCAUGCGGAUAAUCCUGAUGGGCUUUUUAGGAUCCUUUCAUCUACUUUUCGAGUUGAGACAACAGUAAGAGGGAUCCGGUAAUUUAAACCGGCCCAUCUUCGUGAUACCAAAUGAGGUAGAACUAUACUGGAAGUAUAUAUAUAGCCUGAUUUUGCUUAGGCCUUGGCUGUAUCAAUUCAUUUAUUUAUUUAGUAAAUGUAUGUAUGUUGUUGUAACCCUCGAUUUUCUGUGGGAUAAAAAACACUAUUCUCUUUCGAAACAUAAAAAGUGAAGUUGUUACCCUCUUAUAAAUUUUUAUUUUGUACUAA